AUACAUACAUGCAUACAUACGUAUACGAGCCUUGGCACUACAAAUACUAUAUAAGUAUACAAGGGUGUACUUUGUGUAAUAAAUUAAAAAUGAAUGUUAAAUCGACAAAGUCCAACCAUUUCCACCCCACUAGAACCAUGUAGAAUUGCUCCAUAUGUAAACCUUGCAACAAUACGAAGCGUUGGCAAUACAGGAGGACACUGCGCUGGUUUUAAAAACACAAUUAUAAGUACAGGGGAAAACGCCGAAAAUACAAAUGAAGAAGUUUCAUCAAGUUUUCUACUACGUCAAGUUUCUGGAAAAACUACGAUUUCAGCUUUUGAUCCAGCUAUUUUAACGGCCACUGCUCACAAGUAUGCAACUGUUAUGGGAAAUGUAAAUACACCAACAAAUAUAUUUACAAUAACACAAUAUCCUAUAAACCUUGCCGCUAUUGCUGCAGCUCAAAGUAAAAAUUCUAGUAUUGCAGAUUUACGCAUGAAAGCUAAACGGCAUGCCGAAUCACUUGGGCUCGAUGCAAUUGAUGAAGAUUAACAUUCAACGGAUCCUCGAGUCAACUGAUAUGAUCCCUGAACCACUACGAAGAUAUUUAAUUAAACAUAUGUUCAUACUUUAAGUGCUCAUGUUAAUAUUUUUAUUUUCUUUCAAUAAAUAAAGAAGUCGCAAUAAAACAAUUAUAUACAUAUACAUAUGU